AUGAAUGUCCUCCAUAGCAUUGUGAAGGUGACCUUCGGCCCGGUCACCGCCACGGAGGAGGACCCUGCCAACUCACCCUUCGCGCCGUCAGAGAAGAUGAAGGUUUUGUCGCGACAACUCCUAACUUUCCGCCUCACUGUCACGUAUGACAACAUGGCAAAGGAUGCGUCGAAGGAGCAGGCGGCAAAACGCUUUCUCUCCAUGGUUGGUAUCCACUCGCUCGAGGCAGCCUGGUCGCACCUGUUCGGCGCCGUGCAGGUGGUGCCGUUCCUCCUUUGCAAGAACGACUCAUCGACGAGGUUAGAAAGCGAAAAGGUGUCUUCCCCGGUGCAGGCGAACUCGCAGCCAAUGCCGUCGUCGGCCUCGGAGGAGUGGACAAGGUGUACUGGCAGCGCGUUUGUCUGCGGGACGCCAUGGUUUUGGUCUAGUCACCGCUACAGGUGGUCUUCGAGCGACGCGACAGCGAAGAAGAGCGGCUCAACGCCGUUGCACGGAUCGACCAUGACGGAGCUGUCCAUGCCCACUUCCUUGUUCCUCUCGACGAUGUUGCACUCGCUGCCAAUGGCCACGGCGACUGCAUCGCCCUCGUUUGCGAACAACAGCCGCGGCGCGAGUGCGGGCCACGGCGAUGCGUACUGGGACGCCAGCGCUGGCGUCCGCUGCGAGGUGAUUGGGAGCGUGUCGACAGUGGCGGCGGACGAGGGGUCGCCGCGGCGGCUGCCGGCGGAGGCGAGCGCCGCUGGCAAAGACGUGGCCGUUGGCUUCACCGGUGCUGCUCUCCCGCACUUGUUGGAGAGCAGGUACACGAUUGAGCUAGCUCUUCCCGAGUUUGAGGUGGCGUCUCUACAUGGGGUCGACACCGCACUGGCGAUAGUGGUGCUGCUGCCGUUGUGUGCGACUGGUGGCGGUGGUGCGGCCACGGCGUCGGCCGAGGCUGGGGGCCAGCCGUUCAUUUUGAGGUCGGUGCUGGCGCGCAGUGUGGGCCAGACGCAGGUGGAGACGGCGGCGGCAUCGGCGCUGGUGCUCGGGAGUGGUGUGGUGCCGGUGCAGAUAAUGGAGCCGUUUCUGUGCGUCUCCUCAACGUCGCCACUGAGCAACGACCGCCUUGUGCUGAAUUUGUCCCUGACAAACAUGACCGCCAGCGUGGCGCGGCUGUACAGUACUUCCUUCGACCUGCACUCGUCGUGCGUGCUGCUUGAUGCCGCUAUGACUGGCUGUGACUUUUCUGGUGAGGAGCAGGGUGAGCCUCACAUCACGGCGAGCUCGCUAUGGGGUGAGAUGCGGCCUGGUUCGAAUCUGUCGAGCAUGCGCACCAUCGACCUUCUCACAAAGCUUGUGACGAUAACGCCGGUUGUGGUGGGCGAGGAGCGGCCGCCGGUGGAGCUUUACCCUGGCGAGACGUACACCUUCGAGUUUGUGAUCGAGGUGCUGCCACAGCUGUGCUACCUGCUGAAUUCGCAGUCGCUCGAGUACCUGUACGAGCGCCACUAUGCGAUGCCGCACGGCGGUGUGGGUGGGCGUGGCAGUGACGGUUCGCCGAGCGGCAAGAGGGACGAGGGCCAGCCUCAUGGAGGUGGGGGCGGCAGCGGCAGCGCGGCAACCACGUUCGGCCACGGCUCUGUCGUCACGGACUGUUACGAUCAGACGGUCUCUGCUACGGAGCUACGUCGCAUUUUAUCGCACUCGUACGUGUCGCACCUGUUUGUGUACUACAACCUCGCUGCUGGCGACGCGGCUAGCAACGAUAGUUCAACCAGGCUGUCGUCGCGCGUGUCCGGUUUGGGGCACAGCACUGGACUGUGCCUGCGCUACCCGGCACGGUGGUCUUUUGGUGCGUGA